AUGGCCGCCGUCUCCCCAUCUGGGUCGGACGCGGACCCAGCCAAACUCAGCGUCCUGAAGGACGCCCUCUACGAAUCAUGCCAACACAACGGCGACGAGUCCCGGCUCUUCAGCCAAGAAGACCUCCUCUCCCUCGGCGUAACCGAUGACGCAAACACCCUCCUCCGCGUCCUCCAGGCGCUCAUCAACGACCGACUCCUAAUAUCCGUGGCGCGCCAGGGCGGCGGCUACCUGUGGAAAUGGAGGCCAGCCGCCGACGCCGCCAAAUACCGGGCGUUGAACAGGGAGCAGUCCAUGGUGUACGAGAUGAUCGACGAUGCGGGCGCGGACGGGAUCUGGUCGCGCACCCUCAAGGCGAGGCUGCAGAUGCACGACUCCGUCCUCAAGUCGCACCUCAAGUUCCUCGAGUCCAAGGGGUACAUCAAGGACAUGAAGAGCGUCGAGCACCCCAACAAGAAAAUGUACAUCAAGUCCAGCCUGCGGCCGUCCGAGAAGGCGACCGGUGGUCCCUGGUACACGGACAGCAACCUGGACGAGGCCUUCAUCUCGGAGCUGCUUAAGGUCAUCUUCGAUUUCAUCACCAGGCAGAGCACAUACCGGAGCGUCCACAGCCUACACAAGGAGAAACAGCCAAAGAAGGGCGUGCUCAAAGGCGACAAGGAAGCAGCCGCCGCAAAGGGCAAGAAGAGGGCCGCAGAGGACAUCUCAGGCGAGGACCCGGCGCCCGCGCCGCGCGAGAAGCACCGGCACCGGGAGGCGAAGCGCACGCAGCUGCUGCCCCUGCCCGCGGGCUACAACGCCUACCCGACGGUGCGUCAGAUCGCGGAGCUCAUCUCGGCCAGCGGCAUCACCAACAACACGACGCUGGGGAUCGCCGACGUGCAGCAGCUGGUGGACGUGCUCGUGGCCGACGGGCUGGUCGAGCCGGUGCACGUCGGCAAGGUCCGGGGCUACCGGACCGUCCGCGCCGCGAGGGUGGACCCGACGCCGCUGACGGCGCUCAUGCGCGACCACAGCAUGGACGAGGACGUCCUCGACCUGCAGGCCCAGGACAUGGGCGCCGGCCCCAUGAGCAACGGCCUCACCGAGGCCCCCUGCGGCCGGUGCCCCGUCUUCGACCUCUGCGACGAGGGCGGGCCCGUGAACCCGGGGAACUGCGUCUACUUCCAGAGGUGGCUGGGCGACUGA